ACGGGCUCAUACUCGAUCAUUUUGUUGCCAAGAACUUUCUUGAAAGAGUGAAGGCUAAAAUUUCUGUAAAUGAUUUUGAAUUAAAUAUUAAAAAACAAUUUUUAAUAUGACAGAAUCAAUUCUAGUAAAGUCUUUUCGGAUUUCUGCCGUUGUCUCUGCUUAUUGGUGUAUUUCUAUUUCUUUGGUGUUCUUAAACAAGUAUUUGCUCAGCAGUCCAGACUUGAAGCUGAAUGCCCCUCUUUUCAUCACCUGGUUUCAAUGUGUGAUCACUGUGGUCUGUUUAUUUCUAUUGAGUUUCCUUGGUGAAAAGUACCCAUGGAUUGACAAAUUUCCAGAUUUUAUUAUAGAUCUGUCUGUUGCAAAACAGGUGCUUCCAUUAUCAGUUGUCUUUGUAGGAAUGAUCACUUUCAAUAACCUAUGUCUGAAGAAUCUCGGAGUCUCUUUCUAUAAUGUUGGGAGGUCUCUCACUACUGUCUUCAAUGUUAUUUGUACGUAUACUAUUCUUGGACAAAUGACAUCAAAGAAAGCCAUAGUAGCUUGUUUAGUCAUAAUAUGUGGUUUUCUACUUGGUGUUGAUCAAGAAGGAACUUCAUCGCAUAUAUCCCACAGCGGUAUACUAUUUGGUAUUCUUGCCAGUCUGUGUGUAUCACUCAAUGCCAUUUACACCAAGAAAAUCAUCCCAGUUGUGGACAACAACAUUUGGCGCCUUCAGCUCUACAAUAACUUCAAUGCGUGCUUUCUCUUCCUACCCCUUAUGGCUAUCUUAGGUGAAUUUCAAGAAAUUAAGACAUUCUCUAUGAUUGGAUCUGGAUAUUUUUGGUUAAUAAUGUCUUUGGGAGGCAUAUUUGGUAUUUCUAUUGGUUACAUCACAGGACUACAGAUCAAAGUCACCAGCCCUCUAACGCACAACAUCAGUGGGACGGCCAAAGCAUGCGUUCAGACAAUCAUUUCUGUUAGCUAUUUCGAUGAGGUGAAGACCGCACUGUGGUGGAUGAGUAACUUGUUUGUACUUGGAGGAUCGUUUGCRUAUGCUUAUGUUCGUCACACUGAGAUGAAAGCUAGCCAUGCUGAAGAGAAGAAAAGCACAAUUAAAGCUGUAUAAGGAUUGAUGGCACAAGAGAUGUAUUAUAUUAUAUUCACAAAAGACACUUGAAUAUUAUUGUUAGAAUUAUUUCUCAGAAUUAACCAUAUUUAAUGUCUGGCUUUUAUUGACUGGCAAUAAUAACUAUGUUAAAACUAUUUAAUAAAUGUAGAUAUAAACAGUUGACAAGAUGUAAAUUAUAUUGAGGCAAGUUACUAGAGUGCAAACAAUUAAUCCGUGAAACACUAAUUACUAAAUAGUACAAAAUAGUGCUAAUUAAACAAUAGAAAACAAUGGAAUUUGCAUGAAAUUGUGCUAUUUAGUAUUACUAAAGUUUCACGGUUAUAUUGUUUGCACUCUAUAGUUAAAUACUUUUAAGUGUUUUACAGACAUGGCUUGCUAAUAAGAGGGACUGGAUGAUGGGUGAGGAACAAAAUGACAUUGAACUAAUUUUAAUCCUGAUUAAAUUAGGACCCAGUAUUUACAUAAGUAGGUUUUUUGUGUUUUUACACAUUUCCAACUACAUUGGGGUUCUGGAUUUGUGGAACCUCUAGAAUUUUAGCUUUCCAAACUGAUUAAAGUUAUUUGAAAUUCCCUCACCACCCACGGCACCCUCUUUAAAAAGGUCAUAAAUGGUUCCAUAGCACUGUGGGAGUUUUGGUGAUUAUAAUGCCCAUGGAAUUAGCAGGGCUGAUAGGAAAAAAACAAAACAAAACAACAAAAAAAACAGCCAGUUAUAACGGACAAUGUCCAGCCAGAAUUUGAUUUUGUCCAGUCAAAUCAAUGAUUUGCUGGUUAUUUCGAAAAGUAAUGUUGCUGCAGUUUUUGAUAUUCUGAGAACACAGACAUUUCAAGGGCUUGUUGUAAAAUUGGUUUUUUCACUGUCACCAGUCAAGAACAUAAAAGGUGCAGACUGAGUAUUUCAUAUUGGUGGGAGAAAAAAAAAUUCAGUGUGCAGCUUAAGCUACCUUAAAUAGUUCACAUAUCAAAAACUGCUGUAACAGUGAGCCAAAAAAGAGCAGGGUAUCCAGUGAAUUACCAGCAGUUAUUCUUAUCCCUGCCUGUUAAUACUAAAUAGUUAUUAUAAAAUAACAGUUAUAAAUCUUGCAUUCUGAUUGGUUGGGAGUGCGUGCUUUAUGAGAGCACACAGCACGCACAUGCCCAUUGCAUUUUAUAAAACAAAUAAAAAACUUGCUUGCUGUGCAGUGUGGAGUCAUAAAGCACUUGGGGAUUGGCAGAACACUCAAGUAGUGUACAAAGUGUAAAUGGAUGUGAAUGAUAUUAUGGUGUGUAAUACUUUAAUUGAGUGUAAAUAAAAUGUUUUUGUGCACUAAAUAAUAAAUAUAAAAUCUUGAAAUCUUUACAAGUAAUGUUUGUUAAGAAUGAUUAAACAGUUAAUGGUUUGAA